AUGAUCUCUCCAUCCGCUCAACUCCGCGACUCGAAUCCCUCCGCUCCUCGCGCGACACUGGAAGGGCUACCGACAGAGGUCAAGGCCCGCAUCGUCGAGCACUGCGCGAUACAGGAUGAGCGAUGGAAGAUGCUCCGCAAACACCUCACGGCAUGCGUCGACACGGCGGAAAAGCCAGCGUCUGACGGCGCGAUUACGAAGAGCGGCGUCCUCGCCGCUCCUUUUCUUUUCAAGGAGGUCCGAACGUCAAAGACAAACUCGCUCUUCUUUCAGCACCACAUUGUUCCGCGACGACGACAUUUCUUCCGAAAAGUCACCUUCGACGAUCACGAUCCCUACCUCUUCCACCGCUUCGUCCAAAACCUCCCCUAUCUCACGAACGUCACCGAAGCCGUCGUCACCGUCGAAGGGUUCGAAGAUCACCUGAACGACGGACUCGAGUCAGGCGGCAUCUCGUGGGCGGCGCUGACGGAUUCUUCACCGUUCGGCCUGGCGUCCUUCUUUCGCCAGCUCACGUACCUCAAAACCGAGGUCUCGCAAAGUCAACAGAUCAUCAACCUCGGCAGCGCAGCUCCCACCCUCCGGAGUUUGCACCUGGGUUACGUUGACCACGAGGACGGGGCCGACGAGCGGCUGGUCCGUAUCUUCGCCAUAUUGCCGGAUCUACGGGACCUCGUCAUUGAGGAGACCGAUGGCGACUUAUUUCCCGUGCUCAACAGUCUCCUGAGCGCUCGCGGCGAACAUCCACUGCCCGCCAUCACGUCGCUCAAGGUCGGCGUUAACGGCGAUGUGGGCAGCACCAUGCGGUUCGCUCAGCAUUUCGCCUCUUCUAUCGAAUGCAUCACCUUCGACCUAGCAUUCGACCUCAACUUCGACUACCCCGAGGACGUCCAGUUCCCGAAAGUCCGCACGCUCAAACUCGAAGGCCUCCCGGAGAUCAUUGAGUUGUUCAUGGAGUGCAUUGAUUGCGACCAGUUCCCGGCGCUGGUUGAGCUCGUCAUUUGCAGCCAUCAGGUAUGCAUACAGUUGAUCAGCACGACGCAGGAGGCCGUAAAGACUGUGGCAUACAAGAUGCCUCGGCUCGAGAGAAUCCAUCUCUUCGACCCGCAGCACCUGCAGGACGACUUCGACUGCAACGCACUGCGAAGAGAACUCGGCGACCGCCACAUCGAGCUCACGACCAGCAUUGUGCCCAACUUUGUCUCGUCCACUAUCUUCUCGGCGGACCACCGAAUCGAUUACAUCCGCUUAGGUGGACCGAUACGACACGACCUACACCGCCCAAGCAUCAAGCGUACGCUCGACUUCCUCGGCGAAUGGUUCGAGCGGGCGGAAGGACUAGGCGCGGAUGGCGAGUUGUCGAGGUUGGCGAGGGUCUUGCAGCAGGCCGAGUUUGAGCGGGUCGCGCAGGCGUGUUGA